AGGAUUUGAUUGAAAAAAACCAACGGUGCAGCUGGCAGUGGUGCCUCCGACGUUUAGGGGUCCGGGAGUGGGCUGGGGGAAGGGCGGGACCGGCUCUCCUAUCCUGAGCAGCAGGUGACAGCAGGAGAGACGAUGAGAAGGACGAUUUAGAGAUUGGCCUGAAGGAGGGACCCUCCCUCCAGCGCGGAAUGCGAUGUUAAUUCUGGGGCAUUGACGCUUUACAAUGCCUGAUCAAGACAAAAAGGUGAAGAUCACAGAAAAAUCAGCUGAUAAAAAGCAGCAAGGGAUAACCACCAGGGACUAUUCAGAUCUUAUAAGACUUCGGUGCCUUUUGAACGUUCAAUCAAGCAAACAACAGCUUCCAGCCAUCAACUUCGAUAGUGCCCAAAAUAGCAUGACGAAGUCUGAGCCCACCAUCAAGGCAGGUGGACACAGAGCUCGAGGUCAGUGGCAUGAGUCCACAGAAGCUGUUGAACUUGAAAAUUUUAGUAUAAACUACAAGAAUGAGAGGAAUUUCAGCAAGCAUCCCCAGCAUAAACUAUUUCAGGAGAUCUUUACAGCCUUGGUGAAAAAUAGACUCAUAUGCAGAGAGUGGGUUAAUCGAGCCCCAUCUAUUCAUUUUCUGAGAGUGUUAAUCUGUCUGAGACUACUAAUGAGGGAUCCAUGUUAUCAGGAAAUACUCCAUAGCUUGGGCGGUAUUGAAAACCUAGCUCAGUACAUGGAGAUUGUGGCCAAUGAGUACCUCAGCUAUGGAGAGGAGCAGCACAGUGUGGACAAGCUGGUCAACAUGACAUAUAUUUUUCAAAAACUUGCUGCUGUCAAAGACCAAAGAGAAUGGGUCACCACAAGCGGAGCCCACAAGACAUUAGUAAAUUUACUCUGUGCCCGAGAUAGUAAUGUUCUGUUGGGAGCCCUUCUGGCUCUGGCUAGUUUAGCUGAAAGUCCAGGAUGUAGGGAGAAGAUAAGUGAACUCAACAUUGUAGAAAAUCUGCUGAUGAUUUUACAUGAAUACGAUUUGCUCUCCAAAAGACUAACUGCGGAGUUGCUGCGCCUACUUUGUGCCGAACCCCAAGUGAAAGAGCAGGUGAAGCUCUAUGAGGGGGUCCCCGUCCUCCUCAGUCUGCUCCACUCUGAUCACCUGAAGCUGCUCUGGAGCGUCGUCUGGAUCCUGGUGCAGGUUUGUGAGGACCCCGAGACCAGUGUGGAAAUUCGCAUCUGGGGAGGCAUCAAGCAGCUUCUUCAUAUUUUACGAGGAGACAGAAAUUUUGUUUCAGAUCGUUCUUCCAUCGGAAGCUUGUCUAGCGCAAAUGCAGCAGGCCGAAUCCAGCAGCUUCACCUGUCGGAAGAUUUAAGCCCUCGGGAGAUACAGGAAAAUACUUUCUCUCUUCAAGCAGCCUGCUGUGCUGCCCUCACGGAACUGGUGCUCAAUGACACCAACGCCCACCAGGUGGUUCAGGAAAAUGGUGUGUAUACAAUAGCAAAAUUAAUUUUACCAACCAAACAAAAGAAUGCAGCAAGGACUAAUCUAUUACAGUGUUAUGCCUUCAGAGCCUUGAGAUUUCUCUUCAGUAUGGAAAGAAACAGGCCACUCUUUAAAAGACUUUUCCCCACCGACCUGUUUGAGAUCUUCAUUGAUAUAGGACAUUACGUUCGUGAUAUCAGUGCUUAUGAAGAAUUGGUCUCAAGAUUGAAUUUAUUAGUGGAGGAUGAGCUGAAGCAGAUUGCUGAAAAUAUUGAAAGCAUUAAUCAGAAUAAAGCUCCUUCGAAAUAUAUAGGCAACUAUGCGAUUUUGGAUCAUCUUGGAAGUGGAGCUUUUGGCUGUGUUUACAAGGUUAGAAAGCGUAGUGGUCAAAAUCUUUUAGCAAUGAAAGAGGUCAAUUUACAUAACCCAGCAUUUGGAAAGGAUAAAAAAGAUCGAGACAGCAGUGUGAAGAACAUUGUGUCUGAAUUAACCAUAAUUAAAGAGCAGCUUUAUCAUCCCAAUGUUGUACGCUAUUACAAAACAUUUCUGGAAAAUGAUAGGUUGUAUAUAGUUAUGGAGCUUAUAGAAGGGGCCCCUCUUGGAGAGCAUUUCAGUUCGUUGAAGGAAAAACAACAUCAUUUUACUGAAGAAAGACUAUGGAAAGUAUUUAUUCAGCUGUGCUUAGCUCUUCGGUACUUGCACAAGGAGAAGAGGAUCGUCCAUAGGGAUCUGACGCCAAACAACAUUAUGUUGGGGGAUAAGGACAAAGUAACAGUUACUGACUUUGGCCUGGCAAAGCAAAAACAAGAAAACAGUAAACUCACAUCUGUUGUUGGAACAAUCCUGUAUUCCUGCCCCGAGGUACUGAAGAGUGAGCCUUAUGGGGAGAAGGCUGACGUCUGGGCAGCAGGCUGCAUUCUUUAUCAGAUGGCCACUCUGAAUCCUCCCUUCUAUAGCACCAACAUGCUCUCCCUGGCUACAAAAAUAGUGGAGGCGGUAUAUGAACCUGUGCCCGAAGGCAUCUACUCUGAAAAAGUGACAGAUACCAUCAGCAGGUGCCUCACUCCUGAUGCAGAAGCUCGCCCAGAUAUUGUAGAAGUCAGCUCCAUGAUAUCGGAUGUCAUGAUGAAGUAUUUAGACAGCUUAUCUACAUCCCAGCUGGCCUUGGAAAAGAAACUGGAACGAGAACGGAGGCGCACACAGAGGUAUUUUAUGGAAGCCAAUCGGAACGCCGUCACAUGUCACCAUGAGCUGGCUCUGCUACACGAAACCUUUGAGAAGGCAAGUCUGAGCAGCAGCAGCAGUGGAGCAGCCAGCCUGAAAAGUGAACUUUCUGAAAGUGCAGACCUGCCCCCGGAAGCUUUCCAGGCCUCCUGUGGCAAAGAGGAAGACAGGGCCUGUGACGAAAUCCUGUCAGAUGACACCUUCAACUUGGAAAAUAUCGAGAAAGAUAUAUAUUCGGAGCUAGACGAUGAAUUGGACAUUUCGGAUAACUCCAGCAGCUCCAGUUCAAGCCCUUUGAAAGAGUCUACAUUCAGCAUUUUAAAGAGAAGUUUUAGUGCUUCAGGAGGAGAAAGACAAUCCCAAACAAGGGACUUCCCUGGUGGAAUAGGAUCAAGACCAAGACCAGCUUUGCUGCCUCUUGACCUGCUUCUGAAAGUGCCACCCCUCAUGCUCAGGGCCCACGUUAAGGAGCUAGAGGCCGAGUUAGUGACGGGGUGGCAGUCCCACAGCCUUCCUGCUGUGAUUCUUCGCAAUCUCAAAGAUCAUGCAUCUGCAGGGAUUGCUGUGUCCCAGAGGAAAGUACGUCAGAUCAGUGAUCCUAUUCAGCAGAUCUUAAUUCAACUGCACAAAGUCAUCUACAUCACGCAGCUUCCUCCAGCUUUGCACCACAAUUUGAAAAGAAGGGUUAUAGAGAGAUUCAAGAAGUCCCUCUUCAGCCAGCAGAGUAACCCUUGUAAUUUGAAAUCUGAAAUUAAAAAGCUAUCUCAGGGAUCUCCAGAGCCUAUCGAGCCCAACUUUUUCACAGCAGAUUACCAUUUAUUGCGUCAUUCAGCGGGUGGAAACAGCCUGUCCCCCAAUGACCCAACAGGCCUACCUACCAGCUUUGAUUUGGAAGAAGGAAUAACAUAUGAACAAAUGCAGACUGUGAUUGAAGAAGUGCUAGAGGAGAGUGGUUAUUACAAUUUUACUUCUAACAGGUAUCACUCCUAUCCAUGGAGGACCAAGAAUCACCCAACCAAAAGAUGAAAAUGCUGCAUUUUGAAUGGACUUGGUUUUCCCAGUGAUGUUUAAGCUCUGGACUUGAGCCACUUGCCCAAAGAUUGGGUGCUAUUAAGAAUGUGGAAGAGAAAAGACCAAGAUGCCAUGGUGCCUGCAGGACCUCUUUCUGAAAGUCUGGUGUUAGGCUAUAUGACAGCUGCAAUGCUUAGAGGCUCCAUUCCUAGGAUGCAUUACAUACAGGAUGACAGGGCUCUCAAUGUGCUCCUGGGAGAAAAUGCUGCAAAAUUCAUCUGUAGGAAGAAAACAUACUCUUCACAGAACUUCCCUCCAAGUUAAAAAAAAAUCUUGUCAUAUUUUUCAAAGGCAUAUUUUUAAGGAUUGCCGAAAACUAUGUUCAAAGUCAUCUAGCCUUUUAUGUAUAAAAAGUUUGACUUAAAGAAAAUUAUAGGAUUCAUAAUAAUAAUAUAUUGGGUGAGUCACUGUUAUCUCCCAUUUUUUUUUAAUCCUAAAAGAUAUUCAAAAUACAUAAUUGAAUUUUUUUUUGUUCAUUUGUUUUAAUGAAAGACUUGGUUCUCUCUUAACCACUUGGGUGCUAGUGGUCUUGAACCCUGAUACAGUGUAGACAGUAUUUGUAACCUUGCACAGCCUCUGGGAAUAACUGUCAAAUUGUUGGAUUUAAGUUACAGUAAUAGAAUAUAUUAAUGUAUAGUGUGUGUAUAUGUACAUAUAUAAAUACACAUGGGGAAGAGAGAGGUUUUAAUUAAGUUAAUGCUUUGCUGCUGAUCAAAUUAUAGUGUUUUUAGAGCACUUUGAAGGGUUCAUAGAAUCUAAGAAAGAGAUGCAAUAUUCCUUAUUCUAAGACCUUCCUUACUAAAAUUACCUAUGUUAUUUAAAUUUUUUUUAUUGUUUGGGAAUUUGAAAUGAAAAAAGUUAUAUAAUAAAAUAUAAGGUUUUUCUUUAUUCAUUGAGACAUCCCUAAAAAAGAGAAAUCAAUGCCAAAACAGUGUCCCAUUCCUAUGCAGGGAGCAUUUAUGAGAAAAAAUUUCUAGAUUCUUACUGGGCUAAAAUCUCUUUAACUGGCUUCUUAGAACUGGUAUAAUGUUAGAAAACCCUUAUUGCCAAAUCAGAUGGCACUACUUUAAGAACAUUUUAAUGCUAUACAAUUAGUAAUCCGAAAGCUGAAAUUAUUAUUUUUAAUUACUUCUCACUGAGUUCUGCUAUUUUUAUUUACAUUGAUAUAUUUUUAGCAUGAUUGAAUAGAAUUUAGUUCAAUAUAUCUACAGUGGUUGAAACACAAUAACCUUUUGUAUAGUAUGGAAAAAUCUUUUAAUGCAAAUCCAGACUAUUUUUACAAUUAGUAUGUUUAAUACUUAAAUGAUAUCCAAAUUCCAUUUAGCUUAACUUUGAAAAUUGCCAAUGAAUCUUUGCUUUUAUGCCAAAUUAAUAAUAACAAAUAUACUGUAAUUUAAAAUAAUAGAUGCAAAUACAGUAAUGAAAAUUUCAGUUUCAGCUUUCAAACCAGUUCCAUCCAUAUGGGAAAUUUACAUGUGAAAUCAAAAUGCUAUGAUUUUGUUGAUUUAAACCAGGCAAAAUUUUAUUCUUAUUCCAAAUUAAUUUGAAUAUGCACUAUUACUUUUUAUGUUUUUUCAUGUAUGGAAUGGGAACAUUUUCUCAUUGUAGAGGAAGCGCAGGCCUAGAGGGGCACAAAUUUUAAUUGUGAUAGAAGCCAGUACUUAGAAAUAAACCAAGCUAUGGGGCAAAAGUUUGAACAGCAAAAUUCUUUUUCAAAUGACGAUAUAUAGUAGAAAAGAAUAGUAUUCAGAGGUCACACCUUGGUUAGAAAAGAGAAAUUAUUUAUUUGAAGGUGUUCUUAAAUGCAUACUGUUGAUCUUAUUGAUGAGAGCUGGAGCAAAAGAUUACUAUCUAACAAAUUCUCUUAGACUCUACCUACAGAUGGCAUUGGUUAUGCUACAGGAACCAGUAUGAAUUAACAAAAAUAACAAAUACAUGUCCUUUUCAACAGCCACUUUAGGCCCAUCAGCUCUGUGCUGAUAGAUACAUUCGUUUGCCAAAAGAAUGAAUGUGUGCUAUUUGAAUCCCCCCUUACCAGUGACUGAAUCAACAUUCUCCCAGUGCAGGAGUAAGCCCUUAAGAGAAAGUUAAGUACUGGUAAGGGAACCAUCUUGUGCAUAGAGGCACAUCCUGACAGUGAAAGUUAACUUUUCCAAAGCUCUCGCUUUCCUUCAAACAAGCCCACCCCUGCCCCCCACUUUACAAUAAACAAAAAUAAUCAUUUUGUUCUGACUAUCUGAAGUGUCUUCUAAUGCAAAGAAAUUAUUACUUGAACUUAAUAGGCCUCUUAAUAUUUUCUUGAUUGCAUUAAAAUUUUUUCUCUUUUGUGAAAUUUUUAAUUACUUGUGCAAUGAAAUCCUUGUGAAUUCAUCUAAUUCUCAGUUACUGAAUAUUUGUAUGGGACAGAAUAUGAAUCAAUCUUUUCAGAUCAUUUUGUUACACGGAUACUUUGGUUAAUUACGUUAUGAUCCACCAGCUCUACCUGAAUAUGUGUAUUUGAAACCUUAGUUUGCUUUGUUCCAUUCUCAGGGAAGUGACUGCAACAGGCCUACAUGCUUACUGGUUGUUGUUAACCACUUCUUCCAAAGUGUAAUAUUUAAUUAGAGAUCUUCAGGGAAUAGCAACAUGGACACUAGACCAAGAACUCAUGGAUAAAUUUCAGAAACCUCCUAGAGAAAUGCUGCUUGGGUUAAAUAUGGAUAUUUGUGUGGCACUGGACAGAGUGCAGAGUCUGUUUUGACAUUCUAAUGAGAACCUACUUAAGAAACACUGUUAUAAAGUUUACCCAAAUGAUGGAACUGAUUAGGACUUCUGGUCUUCCUACAGGUACCAUCUAUGAGUUAUUAAAUACUAUGAAUUUUGAUAUUCAAAAACAAAUAGGUUGUUCAUGUACAAUUCCAGCAAUAUCAUCAGUUAAUCACUCAUGUUUAAGAUGUGUGAAGGCAAUAUAUUGUUUAAUCAAUUUUAUCAGUAUUAAUAUGCAUAGAAUCCACUUUCUUUUUGUUUUGCUGAAUUGCAAAAUAUGUUGCUAUUUCUCUUUUCCGUUUAGAAAAGUGAGGAAGUGUGCACAGCAAAUAUGCUGAAUUCCUUUAGAAAUAGCUUCAACUUCUACCUGAAGGCAGGAAAAGCUUUUUUAUAAGCUACUUUUGUUGUUUACCUUUUGCUUUUUUGAUAUGUAUUCAUCAACCGGAAAGGCCAUGCAAAGGAUUCAGGGCUGAAACGGCUUCUCAGCACCCUGGAGAUGUAGCUGUGAAGGGCUCCUAAGCAAGGAAAUCGUAAUACUUCUGUACAUUGACCUUGACUCUGGGUGAAAUUCUAUCCAAACGUGAAUUUCUUCAUGUUCUACAACUAAAUGUGAUAAUAAUUGUAUUUUAUACAUCUUUAUGACAUCUUUCAGAUUAUACCUGUUGAUGGAAAUUGGCAUCAUUUUGGAUAGAUUAUUUUUUCAAUUGAAGUGUGCUGCUGACAGUAUGCUUAUCCUUGAAUGCUAUUUUUCAUAUUGAUAGGAAGACUCAAAUUUGAGUCUCAGAAAAACAAGUUUGUGAUAAAGAAA